AUGGGGCACUACCUCGGCGACGGCAUUUACCCCGAAUGGGCCACCAUAGUGAAGGCAAUUUCAGCACCAAGAGGCAACAAGAGUGUCCAUUUCUCCGCCAUGCAAGUAGCUAUCCGCAAGGAUGUGGAACGUGCAUUUGGUGUCUUGCAGUCGAGGUUUGCCAUAAUCCGCAGACCUGCUAGAGUUUGGGAUCAAAGCACACUGCAGAACAUAAUGACAACAUGUGUCAUUAUGCACAACAUGAUAAUUGAGGACGAAAAUGGCAGCGCUUCAACCGAGCAGGUGUUCAACUAUAUGGGGGAGAUAGCGACAGUGCAUCGAGAUCCAGGCCAAGCAAUCCUGCAUUAUGUCGAAGCCACUGAAGCCAUCAGGAACCGUGCAAUGCACCACAAACUACGUGAAGGCCUUGUUGACCACCUCUGGAGUCUACAUGGAGCACAUUAG